UGUGUACAAUGUCGUUGCCGCGGCAUUUUUGCUUUUCAUGACCAAAAGGAAUUUUUCUGGUUCAAUAUUUCCUGCAGUAAAGUAAAGUUCGAUUAUAUUACAUUUUCAGAGUCGUGUUAUUCGGAAGAAGGCGGUGGAGACGGAGGUGGAGGCAGUGGUUUUUUAUUGCAGAUUUCUUCCUCUCCGAGUCCAACCCUGCCGACACACUGAACCGAGACGGGGACGAAGAGGACGUGAGCCGCCGCUGGCGGGUGGCAAGCGUCGGGGGGUUCCUCUACGGCAUGAUGGCUGCAGACGAACCUCCAGGUUGUGGUGGAGAGGAUGAUGAUGGAGUCACUGUUGGCAGUCCAUCAUGUCCGGCUGAGGUCCCUGAGGAGCUGCACCCUGUAGCCAAACUCGAGAGGUACGCCUACAGUGACAUUGUGAUAAACCGGCAGAUUGUGGCGCGGAACAUCGUGGAAACCCUUCAGAGCGUCGCUGACUCUCAAGAGGACAUCAAUUCCGUCGUCUCCGUCAUGGGUGUUCUAGCUAAUGACUGUGAGCCCAGUGUGAGGGCAGAGCUGGUAGAGCAGUUACCAUACAUUGCAAGCUUCUGUGCCAAUGAAGGGGGCCUGCUUGCAGGCAUUGUUCGCAGCAAUAUAGUGCCUACUAUUGUACAGUAUCUGACAGACGUCACUAACCAAGUUAGGAAAAGGACUCAAGUAUCACUGUUGUUUAUACUGGAAAGAGCUCUCAUAGACAGAGAGCAACUAGAAGAGCAGAUAUGCAGGCUUGUGGUUCAUCUUACUGAAUCAGACAAUGUGGACGACUAUAGAACAGAGGCGGUCACUUUAAUGACAAAAAUGGCACCCUAUAUGGGGAAGGACAUGACAGUAGACCUUUUCUUGCCACCUUUUGUAAACCUUUGUCAGGACUCUUCAUUCCAUGUUAGAAAGGUAUGUGCUGCAAACUUUGGAGACUUCUGCACAAUUGUAGGACAAGAGUGUACAGAAGACAACUUGCUAUCUGUAUUCCACUACCUGUGUGAAGAUGCCGUGUGGGGUGUACGCAAAGCGUGUGCAGAGGUAUUCAUGCCUGUGUCUUGUGUGUGCUCCCUGGUCACACGGAGGACAAAUUUAGCUCCCUUGUUCCUGAACUUGCUCAAUGAUCAGUCAAGAUGGGUGCGAAUAGCAGCAUUCCAGGCACUAGGUCCAUUCAUUUCUACAUUUGCCGAUCCAUCGCGUACAGGCCUCUACUGCAGUGAGGAUGGCGUUGUGAGUGUACGGUCUGAGCGUGCCAAUGCCUGUGGUUCGUGUGCUCAAGUACUGACUAUGAAAGGCUCUGCCCAAGGUGAUGAGGGAAACACAGCCUCUGUGUCAGGGAAUUUUGCUGUCCCAUCACUGGAAAUGAGAGAGAAAGUGAAGGAGAAACUGGAAGGGGAGGCUGAUAACAAACAGAAGAAUGCAAGCGAUGCUGAUAGCGGGAACAUCAAGCCUAUCUAUAAUGAUAAGGCAGAGAAGCCGUGUGGUGACGGAUGUCAGCCAGUGCCCUCCUCGUGCCUACAACCAACUGCAGAGUUGAGCCGACCUCAAGGUUCCCAAGGAGAGGAGACUCUUGAAGCACCAAAGGAAGUUGAGGCUAAUGGGAUCUCUACAGCAUUAGUGGAAGUGCCUGCAGGUGCACGUGAACAUGCAGAAGAACCGAUGCAGGCAAAGGCUGGUGAGGAAGAGAGAAGCCUCUUGGGUCCCCACGUAGAUGACAAUGACAAUGAGCUGCCUCCUCCUCAACCUCCCUCAUCAGCCCCACCAACCGAGAGUGAAUGUGGUCCAGUGUCUGUACACGGAGAUAGGCAGCACCUGGUAGUGCAUGUGGACAGUAGUGCAGCAGGUGGUUUGAGUGCAGGUGUUCCCACUGGAGACAGCGACUUCAAUGCAUUUCAGUUUUGGAGGGUGCCAAUCCCCGAGGUCGAAGUGGAUAUUGAAUUUCUCGGUGACAAGGCAACUGCUGUUCAUGUGAGGGCAAAGUCCCAUGAUCAGGACAAUAGGAGUUUUUCGUCCGAUGUCACUGUCCAAAUGUCGUCUUCUACAGAAGCAUUGGCUCAGAGCCAUGACACAGAGAAGUCUCAGCACCAGUCUACAUUUGAAAAAUCAGGAAAAGAGUCAAUGUUACGAAUUCGAACUGCAUCCUCGUCAUCUGUUACGCCCCCUGACCAGGAUUGCAAUGUAGUAAUGUCAUCUUCGUUUACUGAGGCAGCCGUAGUCUUCAGUGAGGGAGGAGAAGUUGCAACAGUGAAAAACAUCAGGGUGAAUGAGUUUAGUGAUCCUGAACGGGGAACAACAGUGGCUACUAUCCCGCUCUUAUCUACAAGUUCGUCAACCCUGAACAGCAUGUCUGACAGCUGGUCUGCUCAUGACCAAGACAUAGUUCCCAUAGACCUAUUAGAGAGGUAUCAAACAAUGACGGACCCGGAGCUUGCCCAGAACUUGGACUCUGAAAUCUGCAGGCACUGUGCCUUUAGCUUGCCUGCAGUUGCUCUAACUUUGGGACGUCACUUCUGGCCAUGCCUGAGGGCUACAUAUGAUGCUUUGGCCUCCGAUAUGCAGUGGAAGGUUCGACGCAUUGUGGCAUCGUGCUUGCAUGAAUUGGCCACCAUACUGGGAGCAAGAAUAGCGGCUCAAGAUUUAGUGCCCACCUUUGAGGGGUUUGUGAGGGAUGUUGAUGAGGUGCGUGUGGGUGUUCUUCAGCACUUGGGCCCUUUCCUGCGUAGCCUGUUUCCUGCAGACCGCCGAAGAUCUCUGCCUUUAUUGGCAGAAUUUCAUAAAACUGAUAACCACCGGAACUGGAGAUUUAGACUUACUCUUGCAGAGCAGCUCAUGAACAUUGUCGAGCUGUAUAGCCCAACAGAUGUACAUAACCAUUUGGUUCCCAUUGCACUAGAGCUGCUGGGGGACAAGGUCUCUGAAGUUAGGCAAAUGACAGUCAAAGCGGUGGCAGUCUUGGUCCGUCAUCUAAGUCACAGUCCCAACCCAAAUUAUUGCAAGCAAUUUCUUCAAGAGCUCCUAACCAAGGUGCAGGAUCCAAAGUGGUCCCAGAGGCAACUAUACUGUGAGCUGUGUAGAGAGAUGCUUUCUAGGUGUUCCAUGAGUCCAGCACUUUUUUCGGAAGCAGUACUUCCACAGUUGUUGCAGCUACACAGAGACGGCAUUGCAAAUGUACGCAUGGCUGUGGCACGCUGCCUCACGUGGGCACUUCUUCCCAAUGCUUACUUCAUGAGUGACGACAACCCAUACAAGGAACAAAUUGAAGCAGCGCUGUCUAACCUUCGAGAGGAUGUGGACAGGGACGUUCGAUACUGCUCUAGGUUGCCCAAUGAGAUACCUCCAGUAUGACACAAUCUAUUAUCUGGUGGGAGGAGCAGCACCGAACAGAUGGCAUCGUCCAUGGCAUAUGCUCAGUGCUUGUGCAACAGUCAUGUACUUCGUGUACUAUUGCUCUUUCCACCCUCUCUACCUUGCCCAAGUUUGUGAGCUGUGAUAAAAGAAAAAUGCCAAGUACCCACAUUUACAAAGGGUAGAAGGGAAAGCUUUCCAAAGUGAAAGCAAAAUAUUUGCCCUAUGAAGAAGCAACACAUGACAGAAAUCUGCCUUUCGGGUAGGAGAAAUAGUAGGCCCUCAUGAUUAUAGCUCAUAUUUUUUCUAUAAAUUAUCAAACUUCACUAUGUGCAAUGCAAAUGACUCUGCUCCAGAAGUGCUUACAACUUGUAUAUUUCUGAAUCUUUGGAGAAUGGCACCACUCUGCUCCAGUCUAUUUGUAUUUGUAAUUAAAAGUUGGCCUACGGGGCCUUUCACUUUUUAUGUCUCUCAACUCAGGCUUCCGAAAGUGGUUGCACAUGUCGACGGAACCAUGUUGAACAUCCAAGGACAAAUUCUGGCACACUGGAAACUUUUGCCAGAAAUGGAGUUGAGUAUUUUUAUCAAAAUUGAAUUUGAUUUAUAUCUGCCAUUUUUAUGCUCAAAUUAUCUCCAGUUAUGCAGAAGAGUGUAGCCAGUGGUUCUAAUAAUGCUACCUUAGUGUACAGAAUAAAUUUGAGAGGAUAGAUACAUCUGAAAAAAUUCCAUGUGUAUUUUGUUGUCUUGUGACUGGAAAUUUAGUAUUGUUAAACUUACUUGCACCAGCUGUGAUGGAAUAAUUGUAAAAAGCCUGCAAGUUGAGUAAUGGGUACUUUGUAAUAAGGUGGUUUAAACCAUGUGAUAAUUUAAACCAGUUAAAAUAUAUUUUUCAUAAUUUUGUUUAUUGAAAAUAAAUUUUUGAAUGGAA